GACUGCGGGCACCGAGUCGUCUGGCAAGACUGCGGGCACCGAGUCGUCUGGCAAGACUGCGGGCACCGAGUCGUCUGGCAAGACUGCGGGCACCGAGUCGUCUGGCAAGAACUGCGGGCACCGAGUCGUCUGGCGGAACAGCGGACAUCGAGUCGUCUGGCGGAACAGCGGACAUCGAGUCGUCUGGCGGAACAGCGGACAUCGAGUCGUCUGGCGGAACAGAACGGGGCACCGAGUCGUCUGGAGGAACAGCGGGCACCGAGUCGUCUGGCGGAACAGCGGGCACCGAGUCGUCUGGCAAGACUGCGGGCACCGAAUCACCAGGCACGACAGCGGGCACCGGGUCAUCAGGUACCGGAUUGUCUGGCUCGACAGCGGGCAUCGGGUCACCAGGCAUCAGGUCAUUUUGGCUUGCCAGCGGGCACCGCGUCAUCUGGCAAGGCAGUGGGCACCGGGUCACCAGGC